AUGGGCAAAACAUCUGAUGAUGCCCGAACCCAUAUGGCGAAUCACCGCUCGGCCAUUAGAGCAGCAAUUAAGGAUCAGAAAAGUGACCAACCGGUUGCCAGGCAUUUCUUGGAGGCAGGACAUAAUCCUACUGACCUAUGUUUUGUUCUCAUAGACCACGUUCCCCCAUUGAAAAGGGGUGGUCCAUGGGGUCAGUGUAUGGGAACUUGUGGACCAGGUGGAACUCAAAGCCGAUCAGUAUUGUGUAUUCAUGAUGAAGGUUGGAUUACUCAUCAUUCAGACUGCAAUCCAAAGGAUAGGCCAGAAAGUCAAAGGAGCUGUUUUAAAAUAUGUGCUUGGCAUAAUGAGCUUUUCCAAUGGGAAGUUACAGAAUGGGAUAUGUGCAUGCUUGUUCCUUAUCACAGUGACACAACAGCAAGGACUUCAGAGUGUGUGACAGCUCAGCAUGGCUUGCAGCAUAGAAAGGUGAAUUGUGUUCAAAAAAUAAAUCAGUCCAUUGCUCUUGAUGAAAUCUGUGAGCAUUUUACUCCACAACCUCCAACAGAACAGGCUUGUCUUGUACCUUGCCCUCGAAACUGUAUUGUAUCAGAAUUCUCGCGUUGGUCAACAUGCAGCAAAAGUUGUAGCAAAAGCUUGCAACAUAGAACUCGUUCUGUUAUUUCCCCUCCUUUGUAUGGUGGAUCUGAUUGCCCAAAUCUUACAGAAUCAAGAACUUGUAAUAUUCAAAUUUCAUGCCCUUUUGGAGACGAGGAAUAUACAUACAGCCUUAAACUUGGACCUUGGAGUGAAUGUAAGUUACCCCAUUUAAUGGAAAUUAAUUUGAGUGGAAGAAGCAUGCUGGAUUUUAACUCAGACUCCAUGGAAAGAAAUGCAUUUCGACAGGAAAAGUACAAGUUUCGGCACCAUUCCAGUACUUGGGAUAUAGAAAUUGGUUAUCAGACAAGACAAGUUAGAUGUAUGAGAAGUGAUGGAAAAAAUGCACUGCUAAGCAUCUGUGCACAAGAGAGCAUGCCCCUGACUUUCCAGUCGUGUGUUAUGCCCAAAGACUGUGAACUAAUGGAAUGGUCACCAUGGAGUUUGUGUUCCAAGACUUGCAGAUCCGGAGAUAUGGUUCCAGGAUAUAGAAGCAGAAGCAGGGCUGUGAAACACAUUUCUAUUGGAACAGGAAGACAAUGCCCAGAGCUUGAAGAAAAAGAAGCAUGUAACAUUGGAGGAUAUCUUCUACCACCUUGUCCAAGUUUUUUCUGGAAAUUAUCUGAGUGGAAACAUUGCCAAAUACCUAUUCUGAAUGACCAGUCUGACUCUCCCAGAAAUCAUGUGGCAUUGUGUGGUGGUGGAAUACAGUCUCGAGAAGUGUUUUGUGCCCAAAAUAUUGCUGAAUCUGGAAUAGAAACACAUAAAGAAGGUUAUAGACCAGUGGAACAGAAAUUCUGCACAGGUCCAAUGCCCUCUACCUCUCAGCUAUGCAAUAUCCCCUGUUCUAUAGACUGUGUGUUAUCUCCGUGGUCCACAUGGGGACCAUGUAUUCAUGAGAACUGUCUGCUACCUCAAGGAAGAAAAGGGUUCAGAUUAAGAAGAAGGAAUAUAAUAGUAGAGCCAACUGGCACUGAUGGAAAUUGCCCUCAUUUAGAGGAAACCAUUCCCUGUGAUGACCCUGUGUGUUAUAGUUGGGUGGUUUCUGGAGAAUUACAUUGUGUUCCAGAAAAUGGAGAAUGUGGACAUGGAAAAUACCAGCUGAAUACCACAUGUAAGGAUGUGAAUGGACAAACUGUAACUGACAGCCUGUGUGUAGAUGAACCCCCCAUACAGUUGGUUUGUAAAGUGCCUUGUAGUCAAGAUUGUGUGAUUAGUGAAUGGUCAGGCUGGUCCCCAUGUUCCCAUACCUGCUCUAAUAAGAAUGAAGAAGGAAAACAAAGGCGAACAAGAUCAAUUCUUGCCUAUCCAGGAGAAGGUGGUAAAUCCUGUCCUCCUAGCCAAUCACUGCAUGAGUAUCGCUCUUGUAAUGAUCAACCUUGCUCGACUUUUUACUGGGAGGUAUCUCCAUGGGGACCUUGUUUGGAAGCAACAUUUGCCUUGUCUUUGAAUGCUACAUUCAGCUGGAGCGGAGAAGCUACAUGUGGUGUAGGAAUCCAGAAUCGCAAAGUUUCAUGUGUAAAGAACAAUGUCGGUCAAGUUACAACAAAGAGAUGCCCAGAGUUAACCAGGCCUGAAACAAUUCAGCCAUGUCUACUCCCAUGCAAAAAAGAUUGUAUUGUUACACUUUUCAGUGAAUGGACGUCCUGCCCUACGUCUUGUCAGCCAGGCAAUGCUACCUCCUUGAAACAAUCCCGCUACAGAAUAAUAAUCCAGGAAUCUGUUAAUGGAGGACAGGCGUGUCCUGACACUCUUUACGAGGAAAGAGAUUGUGAAGAGGUCCCAGUCUGUCCAAUUUACAGGUGGCAAACCCACAGAUGGGGUCGGUGUGUGCUGGUGCCUGAAUCUGUGACACAAGGAAUAACAGGAGCCACUGAAACUUGUAGUCCAGGCCUGCAAUCCAGAGAUGUAUCGUGUGUCUCAGAGGAAGAGCACCCUGUAGAUGUGACUUUGUGUCUUACAUUGUCCGGGCCCAUGCCUUCCUUGGUACAGCAGUGUGAAAUGCCUUGCAAAGAUGACUGCACAUUCACUCCUUGGUCUAAAUUCGCUCCUUGCUCUUCAGACUGUACUUCAUUACGUGCUAGGAGGAGAGCUCUCACAGGCAGAAGCAAAAAACGAGACAAAUGUCAGAAUACAGAGGUUUUUCAUCUGGUUGAAACAGAAAUGUGUCCAUGUAAAGUGUUUAAAUCUCAGCCGUAUGGAAACUGGUCAGACUGCAUUAUUUUGGAUGAAAAAAUAAAUAUACAGUUAGGGACGAGAAGUCCUGGAGAAAUCAAAGAUUGUGGAGAAGGCAUACGAGUCCAAGCCAAUGCCUGCUAUGAUCAUACAGGCAGGAUAGUAGAUCCAUCUUUCUGCAGCAGUUCAGGUUACCUUGAGGAGCCAUGUAAUGUCCCCUGUCCAUUCGACUGCAAACUGAGUGAGUGGUCAAGCUGGUCUCCUUGUAGUUCAUCUUGUGGAACAGGAGUUAAAAUUCGAUCUAAAUGGUUGAAAGAGAAACCUUACAACGGGGGAAAGCCAUGUCCAAAAUUGGAUGUUAAAAAUCAGGCUCAGGUGUAUGAGGCAGUUCCUUGUUAUAAUGAAUGCAAUCAGUAUUCCUGGGUGGCAGAGCCAUGGUCUGCCUGCAAGCUCAACACUGAGGAAAAACUAUCUAACUGCGGAGAAGGAAUACAAAUCAGGAAAGUGCGGUGUGUAAAUAUGUCAGAAGAUGCUGAGGCCACUGAUGUAAGUGAUACUAAUUGUCACCACCUGGAAAUUCUCCCAACACAACAAAAUUGUUCCCUGUCCUGCCCUGGCAAGUGUGUGAUGUCUAAUUGGGGGUCGUGGAGUGCAUGUUCACAGUUUUGUGAUCCCAGUAGUAGAAGAAUGAGAAGAAGAUUCCCACUGAGAGUUUCAUCUAAUGGGUAUGUGUGCCCUGAUGACUCACAAGAAGAGCUGUGUAUUCUGAACCACAACUGCUUUCACUAUCAAUAUAAUGUAACAGAGUGGAGUACUUGUCAGUUAAGUGAAAAAGCAUUGUGUGGUGAAGGCAUAAAGACCCGUCUUUUAGUUUGCAUUCGAAGUGAUGGAAAACCAGUGGAAAUAUUCUUCUGUGAGCAGAUGGAACUGAAGAAACCCACAAAAAUGAGAAUCCACUGUCUUGUAGAGUGUCCUGUUAAUUGUCAACUCUCUGCCUGGUCUUCAUGGUCACAGUGUUCACAGACGUGUGGUGCUGGAGGCCAAAUGGUACGGACUCAGAAUAUUAUCAUACAAAGUCAAGGAGAAGGAAGACCUUGUCCACGCAACUCAGCCAAUACAAAAAACUGCCCUGUUUACCCUUGCUAUGAAUGGAAAAUUGGGGAAUGGUCAAAAUGCAAGAUAGAGAAUGGUCAAUGUGGAGAUGGAUUCAAGUUUUGCAACCUCACAUGUAUGGUACAUGAUGGAACAUUGACAGAUGCAAGGACUCAAGUCGAUACAAAAUUUUGUGGAGAAAUACAUCCAGAUGGGAGUCAUUUAAAAAUGCCAUGUCACGUGCCUUGUCCAGGUGAUUGCCAUCUAACAGAAUGGUCAUACUGGAGCUCCUGUGAGCUGUCUUGUAUUGACGGGAGAAGCUUUGAAACAGUUGGUCGCCAGUCACGAUCUAGAACUUUUAUUAUCCAGUCACUGGAAAAUCAGGAAAGCUGUCCAGAGCAGGUCAUAGAGACACGACCCUGUACAGGUGGAAAAUGUUUCAGCUAUACAUGGAAAGCAAGCCCGUGGCGAGAUAACAAGCGUAUUGUUUGGUGUCAGCGUUCAGAUGGAAUAAAUGUUACAGGUGGUUGCACUAUCAAGUCACAACCAGCAGCAGUUCGACAUUGUGAUCCGCCCUGCAGAAAACCCUUUUCCUACUGUUUGCAGACUGGAGCCUGUGGCUGUGUGCAAGGAUACACAGCGAUAAUGAGAUCUAAUGGCUUCCUUGACUACUGUGUAAAAGUACCAGGGACUGAAAACAAGAAGGCAGAUGUGAAAACGUUUGCAGGAAAAAGUAAACCCAUUAACUCUAAAGUCCCUGAGAUCUUUAAAGGCUGGUCUAUACAGCCUUUAGACCCAGAUGGAAGAGUGAAAAUGUGGGUAUAUGGUGUAUCUAUUGGCAGCUUCCUUUUAAUAAUUUUCCUCAUCCUUACAUCUUAUCUAAUAUGUAAAAAGCCAAAAGAAAAAAUGAGUCAAUUUCCUCAGCAGAAGCCUCUGACUUUGGCAUACGAUGGAGAUAUGGAUAUGUAACUAAAAAACAAACAAAACAACAACACAUGCAAGCCAAAAUAUAAACUUCAACUGCCUUAACUGCUCACUUUUUUGUAACAAUUUCACAAUAAAACAGUUGUCAGAAAUGUGUCAAAGUGCAGAACAACCCUGGCAAACAUAUAUAAAACUUUGCUUGCAAAUAAAAAAACAAAAACAGGUGGAUAUCACAAGACGCCUAUAUUAUCAAAUUGAGAAUGAAAAUAUAAAUUUCUUCAAAGAAUCCUGUGUGUUUGU